GUGACCGUUGGAUCAAUAUUAGUUACUCGCACUAGUCUAAUCUCAGCCGUUGGAAUCAUUCGCUAGAUUUUUUUCAAGAUAUUUUUCUUCUUCUUUUUGAGAGAGAAUAAGAUUUUUUUCCACUCUUUAUGUUUCUUUCCACUCUCAAUAUUUGUUUAAUUUUAUUUGCUAACUUCUUCUUCUAGAGCUUCAAGGUUUCAAGAUGCAAGAAAUGAGCGACGAAGUUGUUGAGGUAACGGUGGUUGAUAAAGCAUCUGAAGCUGACGGAGGAAAGCCAACGCGGCGGAGGAUGCGGAGGAAGGACGCCGCAGAGGGCGGCGAUGGUUUGAUGAAGUGGGAGAGGUUUCUUCCGAAAAUCUCGCUAAGAGUUUUGCUCGUGGAAGCAGACGAUUCUACCAGACAGAUUAUCUCUGCUCUCCUCAGGAAAUGCAGUUACAGAGUUGCUGCUGUAGCUGAUGGCUUAAAAGCUUGGGAGAUGCUAAAAGGAAAUCCCCAAAGCGUUGAUCUGAUAUUGACAGAGGUUGAUCUACCUUCAAUCUCUGGAUACGCUCUUCUAACACUCAUCAUGGAGCAUGAUAUCUGCAAGAACAUCCCUCUCAUAAUGAUGUCGACGCAGGACUCGGUGAAUACCGUGUAUAAGUGUAUGUUGAAAGGCGCGUCUGACUAUCUUGUUAAGCCCUUGAGGAGGAACGAGCUAAGGAAUCUCUGGCAACAUGUCUGGAGAAGAAGACAAAAUGCUCCUGGUAGCUUUCCACUAGAUGAGAGUGUUGGUCAUGAGAAGCCUGACGGUGCGUCUGCAAACAAUUCGACUAGUAACCAGGAGAAUGCAUUUGAGAGAGACCAACGUCCUGUAAUAGGGAAUGGUGGUGAUGACCAGAGCUCAUGUUCUAGACCAGAGGUGCAAGGAGAGAGCGCAGACGUGGAGGACUCAACUAAAGAAGCCAUUGACUUCAUGGGCGCGUCGUUUAGAAGAAACACACAACGCAACAGAGAAGAAAGUGUUGCUAGAUACGAAUCUCUGAUAGAGCUUGAUCUUUCUUUGAGAAGACCUAACACUUGUGAGAACCAAUCUUCAGGAGAAAAGCCCUCUCUUCAUCCUUCUAGUGCCUCUGCCUUCACACGGUACGUUCACAGGCCACAAUGUUCGGUUUCUCCCUUGGUUUUGGAUCAAAGAAAGAAUGUUGCAGCAAGUGAAGAUGAUAACAUCAACCAAUACAAUUCAUCUGAACCGCUUCCAAGUGCGCCAAGAAGAAACGAGGCCAGCUUUAACAAUAGAGCUGACUCAUCUCAGAUGAAUUCUUGGCCAGGAAAGGGUUCUUACCCAACACCAGUUCCCAUCAACAGCAUACAGUUUAACACAGCUGCUAUGGCUCCUGCUUCACUGUCUCCAAGCCCGAGCUCCGUUAGCCCGCAUGAGCACAGCUCAAUGUUCCACCCUUUCAACGGUUCCAUGGAUGCAGAGGAGAGAAGACACGUCUCUUCUGCAACUGAACAUAGUGCAAUAGGGAAUCACUGCAGUACUAACUCGUCAUCUGUGGGGAAAAUUCAGCAGUCUCUUCAACGAGAAGCGGCUUUAAACAAGUUCAGGAUGAAACGCAAGGACAGAUGUUUUGACAAAAAGGUCCGUUAUGAGAGCCGGAAGAAACUGGCUGAGCAACGUCCGCGUAUCAAAGGGCAGUUCGUUCGUCAAGUUCAAUCCACUGAGACAUCAACACAAGAAGCUCCACAAUGAUCCAAACAUAUUGAUGUAAUAUAGAGAGCUCAAUUUUGUUUUCACCGAUACAAGAGGUGUUUCUUGAGCUAACUCCCCACGUACGUAGUCGUGUGUACAUACAGCUUUGUUGUUGAGUUUAGUUAGUUAAUCUACUCUUACGUUAUCUCCUUACAUUACACAUACCUGAUUGUGUCUUCUACAAGUCUCUUAAUUACAAUGAAAAUACACAUUAUGUUCAAA